UAUCGACAAAAGCAGUUUCUGCUUAUAUAGCCCUAGUUGGAUUUCGAAAAAGCUAUAUGAAGAAUUUAUGCUUUAUUAUUGGGGAAUGAGCUCUGAACGUAACACGCCCCCUUGAUAACCAUGUGUUGUUCUCGUCUCCCUAAUUUUGACAGCUGUAAAUUAAUUUGAACCUGAUUUGAACGAUUUCCACCAUCACUACUUGUCUCUCUUUCUCGCUUCAGUGACUUUAAUCAAAUAUGUCCGCCAUUGUGCCAAACGAUGCUCAAUUCUUGAUAAAAGACAUAAGGUUGGGAUUGAAGAAUUUAAAUUUAAUCUUUAUUGUGUUGGAAAUGGGAAGGGUAACUAAAACAAAGGAUGGGCAUGAGGUUCGCUCCUGCAAGGUGGCUGAUAAAAGUGGGUGCAUCACCCUGUCUGUGUGGGACGAGGUGGGUGGACUCAUCCAGCCAGGAGACAUCCUCCGCCUCUCACGAGGCUAUGCAUCCCUGUGGAAGGGCUGUCUGACACUCUACACAGGCAGAGGAGGAGACCUGCAGAAGAUAGGAGAUUUUUGCAUGGUCUUCUCUGAGGUGCCAAACUUUAGUGAACCAAACCCAGAGGUACUGGCCCAGGCCAACAGGCCGUCUAAAGUUGAGUCCCAGAACAGUUCUUCUGUCAGUCAAAGCUCCACCCCCUCAGUCCCCACCCUCACAUACUCUUCCAAUGGAUGCUCUCCGCUCUCCCGGAAUCCAACCUAUGGGAGCACAGGACAGCAGACUGGGCGAGGCUCCGGAGGUCCUGGCACCGACCCCAAGCCCACAGAAUCUGUGGGCAACAGCAGGGACCCACGGCAAGGGCUAAAGAGGAAAUGACGCUGGUUUCAAAUCAACACGUAUCUUGGGCCUGGCUGUAUUUUUAUUUAGCAAGCUAAAUAAUUUUUGUUAACGUGGCCAUCAUUUUCUAAGGAAUGUUACACAUUUGGUUCAAAUAAAUAAAUCAUAACUAAAAGAUUUUGGGGGUUUGAGGUAAAGUUACUCAACUCACUCCAACUGUUCCAACACGUCCGUACCGGCAGAUAGCCUGCCCCCCUUUCAACACGUCCGUACCGGCAGAUAGCCUGACCCCCUUUCAACACGUCCGUACCGGCAGAUAGCCUGCCCCCCUUUCAACACGUCCAUACCGGCAGAUAGCCUGCCCCCCUUUCAACACGUCCGUACCGGCAGAUAGCCUGCCCCCCUUUCAACACGUCCGUACCGGCAGAUAGCCUGCCCCCCUUUCAACACGUCCAUACCGGCAGAUAGCCUGCCCCCCUUUCAACACGUCCAUACCGGCAGAUAGCCUGCCCCCCUUUCAACACGUCCAUACCGGCAGAUAGCCUGCCCCCCUUUCAACACGUCCAUACCGGCAGAUAGCCUGCCCCCCUUUCAACACGUCCAUACCGGCAGAUAGCCUGCCCCCCUUUCAACACGUCCAUACCGGCAGAUAGCAUGCCCCCCUUUUAUUUGCAGUAGGUAGAAGUUGUUUCUUGGAAAGAGGCAAAGAGUGAGACCAGGUUAGAGGACUUUCUCUUGAAUAUUUCUGGAACACUGCAGAUUCUAGUGAGAAAAUGUCCUUCCAUAUAAAUCACACAGAGGAACAACACCCUACCAAGCACAUCCAAGAGAGAUAGACCUACUCAUUCAAGGGUUUUGCUUUAUUUGUCCUGUUUUCUACAUUGUAGGGCUAGCCAAUGGAAGUCCAUAGAGUCACUCCUCCCAACAAAAUAAUGUGAGAGACUAGCUCCCUAUGAGUCCAGUAGGCUAUAAAAGUCUGAGAUAAAAUAAAAAGUAUGCCUAUGCUAGUUCAGCAUUUGAGUAAAAGUUCACAGAAGAUUCACAAGUUAACUAGCCUACAUAUAAAUUCAGAUCAGUCCAAAGUCCACAGGGUAUGUGUGUGUGAGCUGGAGGUGAGCUUCUCCGGGGGGAGAGAAACACAAGCAAUGACCGCCUGACGAAGGCUCCUGCAGUCAGACAACUUAACUGUGGUGCAGGAUGUUGUGUGCUGGAUUUCCUUUCUAUUCAGAGUCAAGUUAUGUCCCAGCUAGUCUGCUAUUGACUUCCUGUUUAUAAGCCUUGUCCCCUGACCAAGACCAAUGGUAUGUUCUUCCUAAUUCUACCAAGUCUAAAAAUGAAACUGAAAGUCUGUCAAUGUGGGUGGAGACAGUGUUUCUGUAGUAGCCAGAAGGUUUUUCCAUUUGGUUAGUUUGCAAAGACAAUGGACAAAUACAGACCGAGUGCCUGAGAGAAGUUUGAGGUGUUAGCUGCUAACGAUUGCUCCACGAUCAGCUACAGACACAUAUCCUUACUGGUUUGAGAGGCUUUCACUUUUAACAACUGUUCUCAGACCAAUCAUGCUUGACGAGGGUGUACGCUAUGAGGCCCUAUCAGCUGCAAUGGGAGCCACGGUGAGGCCCUUGUCCGACUUUCAGAGGAACAACCCUGGCAAGACACCUGAAAACCUUUUGACUGUUGAAGGCUUUCUCAUCGGUUCUGUCCUGGGCGUCACCUCUCUCCUGCAGUGGCUCAGCCCUGUCUCAUGGUUGACAUGGGGGUUAUCAGUGCUUUUCUUCGGCCAGGACAAAAGAAAGGUAAUCAACACCGAACUCUUUGUGGAUGAGGCAACAUUCUUCGACAGGGAGUUCGAUUAUGACUUCACCGACGUUUCCGACUCUGAGAGUUUUGUGAGGGGCGAUGAGAGUUACAAGCGACCGUGUGGAUGGAAACGGAUCGCGUUGAAGGUUCUGGACAAAUACGGAGAUAACACAUGGCUCGGUCCAAACGGGAUUCGGACAUACUCAUACCCCGGGGAGUGGCCAGUGUCAUACCACGGUACCAGCGAGGACGGGGCUAAAGGCAUCAUCCAGUCCCACUAUAAAGUCGGAGACAGGCAGCUCUACGGGCGAGGCAUCUACUCCACUCCUGACCUCAGCCAAGCCAGCGGCUACGCUAGAGACUUUGUGUCGAAGACAAACGGGAAAACCUACAGGAUGGUCCUUCAGAACCGUAUCAACACAGCCCAACGGAAGAUCUGUAAGAGAGUUGACUACUGGCUUGUUCCAGUUAAUGAUGGCACAUCUGAGGAAGAAGAGAGGAGGAUUGUGGAGAGCUCCAUCCGCCCCUAUGGGAUUCUGCUGAAGGAGAUGUGAAGGGGCAUGUGAUAAGAGAAGGUAAACCAAAGUCAUAGGGAAGGUGUCAAUUACAUACUCCUCGCGUCCUCUCUCCUCGUACCUUUCUCAAAACCCAUUACAUGAGAAAGCCAGAGUUCCUUCCCCUCAGACCUUCUCUUCCAAUCUGUUUUGAGAAGGAGACAAGGAGUUUGCAAUUGAGAUCUUCCCAUAUAGAGACUUUAGAGCAGGAGGCCAUAUUGCUUAUUUUUCAGAAAUAAUUGCCUUUUGAAGGAGUUAGAUUAUAUUUCAUUAAUUAGAUUUGAACUGCUAGAUAUUCCGUCGUCUUUCUUCAUUUUACAGUUGUCUGUCUGUAUCAGUGAAGUGCCUUACUGUGUGCCAUUUGUGAAUUACAUCUAUGUUUAUGUAACAUGUGUUCACUAUAUUUUCUACAAUGUAUCCAUUUUUCUACUGUUAAUGGUGUGGCAUUAAUUAUGCACCUUGUUAGGUGAGUUUAAAUGGAUCUUUUGUUCAGUGAUCUGCCAUUUCUGCUUUUUCCUUGUUUUUUUAUGAUUAAAUGUAUUAUUAUGUUUCACCAUACACUUAUCGACCUUUUUGUUAGCUUCAGUUUUAGUUUCCUCUAGAAAAUUAAACUAGUGCCAACAGAUCUGUCCCUACAACAUGUUGUACUGCACUUCUGCUGUUUGAACACAGGAGGGCAGCACACAGUUUACAUGACUAUUUCUCAGUGUAGUCAUUCUCAGCUGUGAAGAAGUGGUUUAUUUUAUAAAGUCACACCUGCUGUAACAUGACUAUUUCUCAGGGUAGUCAUUCUCAGCUGUGAGGAAGUGGUUUAUUUUAUAAAGUCACACCUGCU